UGGGACGUCACAUGAGGGAGGAAAGGGUCAAACCUAGUGCCAUCUGUGAUCAAGUGCAUAAACCUUCACCAAAAGAGGGAAUCAUGGGUGGAAUCAUAUCUGCAGUGGUUUUUGACCUCAUCGUGGCUGGCAUUGUUUACGUAUGUACAGAAAUAAUACGAAGAAUACCCAUAGUGAAAGAACUGAAAAAAGUGAUACCUGGUUUGCUUCAGUCAAAAGAGACGCAUAGGGACUCAUCAGUGGAGGACACUUUGCUUCUGUCAGAAGAGAAGCAGCAUGAGGACUCAUUGUGUGCUCGUUUUCUGAACGUCCUAGAAAGUUGCUCACUGAAGAAAUUUAAGAAAAAGCUGCAGGAAAUGGUGGAAUCCCGCUCUAGAGUUGUGCUAUGUGAUGUUGAUCUCACAGAGAAAAGCUGUGUAGUUCUGGUCUCAGCCCUCAGCUCAGAGACCUCAAAACUGAGAGAACUGGAUGUGAGUUACAGUAACCUGCAGGAUUCAGGAGUGAAGAAGCUCUGUGAGGGACUGAAAAAUGAACGCUGUAAACUGGAGACACUGAGACUGUUUAACUGCAGUAUUACAGGAGAAAUCUGUGCUGCUCUGGUUAAGGCUCUGAAAUCAAACACCUCAUCACAGCUAAGAGAGCUGAGUUUGACCACUAAUAAACCAGGAGAGACAGGAGUGAUGGAGCUCUCUGAUCUACUGAAGGAUCCGAACUGUAAAUUGGAGACACUGCAGCUGGAUUUCUGCAGUAUUAGAGGUGAUGCCUGUUCUGAUCUGUUUAAUGCUCUGAAAUCAAACCCCUCAUCUCACCUGAGAGAGUUGAACCUGAGCGGCAAUAAACCAGGAGAUUCAGGAGUGAAGGAGCUCUCUGAACUACUUAAGGAUCAACACUGUAAACUAGAAAAACUACAGCUGGCUGACUGCAAAAUUACAGGUGAACACUGUGCUGAUCUGAUGAAAGCUCUGAAAUCAAACCAUUUAUCUCACCUUAGAGAGCUGAACCUGAACACCAAUGAACUAGGAGAUUCAGGAGUGAACAAACUCUCUGAUCUACUGAAGGAUCCACAUUGUAAAGUGGAGAAACUACAGCUGGCUAACUGCAAGAUUACAGAUAAAGGCUGUGCCGAUCUGGUUAAGUCUCUGAAAUCAAACCCCUCAUCACACCUGAAAGAGCUGAACCUGAACAACAAUAAUCCAGGAUAUUCAGGAGUGAUGGAGCUCUCUGAACUGCUGGAGGAUCCACACUGUAAACUGGAGACACUACAAUUAUUACUUUAUUGUGCAUCUUGUGUGUGUGAAGCUGUAAGUGUGAGGGUUUUUUCUUCCUUUCUCUGCAGACUGUAUAACUGUCAAAUUACAGGUGAAGGCUGUGUUGAUCUGAUUAAAGCUCUGAAAUCAAACCCCUCAUCUCAGCUGCGAGAGCUGAAUCUGAGCUACAAUGACCUACGAGAUUCAGGAGUGGAGAACCUCUCUGAUCUACUAGAGGAUCCACACUGUAAACUGGAGACAAUACAGUUGGAAGGCUGUAGUAUUACAGGUGAAGGCUGGGCUGCUCUGGUUAAAGCUCUGAAAUCAAACCCUUCAUCUCACCUGAUAGAACUGAGUCUGAAUGGCAGUGAGGCAGGAGAUCUGGGUGUGAAGAAGCUCUCUGAUCUACUGAAGGAUCCACACUGUAAACUGGAGAAACUACAGCUGCAGUACUGCAGUAUUACAGGUGAAGACUGUGCUGAUCUGGUGAAAGCUCUGAAAUCAAACCCCUCACACCUGAGAGAGCUGAACCUGAAAAACAAUAAACUAGGAGAUUCAGGAGUGAAGGAGUUCUCUGAACUACUGAAGGAUCCAUACUGUAAACUGGAGAAACUACAACUGUCUGAAUGCAGGAUUACAGAUAAAGGCUGUGCUGAUCUGUUUAAAACUCUGAAAUCAAAUCCCUCAUCACAUUUGAGAGAGCUGAAUUUGAGCGGCAAUAAAACAGGAUAUUCAGCAAUAAGGGAGCUCUCUAAAGAUCUACUGAAGAAUCCACGCUGUAAACUGGAGAAACUAGAAUUCUGAACACACAGAUGCCGCACCUGAA